AUGCCUCUUCAAUUUUUUCAAGAAACCCGUAACCAGAUAGUCAGUCGCCUAACCACAGUGUACCACCGUCUUCAAUAUCAGCAACUCUCCUUGUUCACUGUGGGCGAGUAUCUCCUCGAAAUCAUCGGUGAAAUUGACAUGCUCAAGCAUAUACCCUACACAGAAGUCGACCUACCCGAUGAGAGAGCGCACAACUGCUGUGUCUACCGCUUAACUCGCGUCCAAGUCCAGCUCCGCGAGCAAGCCCUCCUCAUCCGGGGUCAUCCACAGGGUGAGAGCUAUCAGAAAUGCCCGGCUAUCUUCUCCCUAGCGAUUGAGAUGAUCGCUGUUCAAAUUGGGCGCUGUGCUAUUAAGAGUCAUGCGGAUCGGGAUGCGGCUCACAUGGAAUUGAAGGCUUGUUCUAUUGAUGCUAAUUUGCUUUGUGAUACUGUUGGGGUUGGUGAAAUGGAGAAACGGACGCUUAAGGAUCUCUGGCGGACGCUGAAUGCGGGCGUGCCGAACUGUAGAUGUCAUAAUUGCCUUCGGCGGCGGGUUCAGAUUUAA